AAAUUUUUAUUCACUUUUUUCUAAAUUAAACCAUUACAUGUAAGGAUAAGUAACAUUUUUGUAGGGGGAAAAAAAACUUUUCCAGAAAAUAGAGUGACAUUGUUUUCUAUUUGCAAAUCUUUAAUGUCUGGCUUCAUGGAAGACAGCUGACUUCUCAAAGCAGCUUCCACAUUCAGUCUCUUGUGAUACGUUGUUUCAUUUGAAAUAUGAAAAGAAAACCACAGGUAUGUAUGUGGUGUAAUAGGAAUACCUGAUAGCCUUUUUAGAUCAUUGAGUGUGUUCUGCUUUGAUAUUACAACAAAGAUCAACAAAUAGUAGCUUCUUAAAGGUAGUUUGCAACAUGGCAGCUGAAACCAUACCUGUCAGUUUUUUUAUACUCCAUUACAUUAAAAUCCAUUGGUCUGUUUAUACGUCAAUGAAUCUUUUACCCAUGCAUGAUUGGUAACAUUUGGAAAGUUACAUGUUGGAAAGUUUCCAACAGAUUGGAAAGUAUUGGUUCACUGAGUUUGCAAAUGUUGGUACAUUUUAUUAUAUAAUAUCCAAAAAAAAAAAAAUCUGUUAAUGUCACUGCGUUACUUCUGAUAAUCAUCGGUCGUUAAGUGACUGAAAGAUAUUAAGUUCACAGAGCAGGAUGUAAGUUUUCCAAAAUUCUUGAAGUGAUAGGCACACCUUUGCUCAUUUUUGAGAAAAUUUGUCAGGUAUACAUGUGGGAAUAACUAGAGUUUGUCAGUCAUUCUUUCAAGUAAAACAGUGUUGCUCCUUGAAGACAGUGGCUAGCUCCUCUUGUAACUCAUCAUACAAAUGCUUUUCAGUGAGGUAACCAUUGUGUUUCAGUAUGCCCCAGAAGUGCUUUAUACACACCUCCAUUUUGUCCCACAGAAUAUUUAAAAGACGUGUACUCAAAGGUCAAGAUUUAAUAAAGUUAAUAACUUUUUAUUGCUUCAUUAAGGAUGAAUCCAGAGUGGUUGAUCUUUCAACAGAUGAAGAGCGUGAAACACCUCAUUCCUCAAAAAGUAAGGAUGAUCAGGGUUCAUCAUCCAACAACUCUAGCUCUUUGGAAGAAGAAUUUUCAUCAAUAGUAAAUAUCCCUGAUUCAGCUUUUAUUCAGGCAGCCCGCAGAAAACGUGAAUUGGCCAGGGCCCAAGAUGACUAUAUCUCUUUGGAUGUAAAACAUACCUCUACCAUCACUGGGAUGAAGAAAAACAGUGAUGAAGAUUCUGAGAGUGAGCCUGAUGACCAUGAAAAGAGAAUACCAUUUACCCCAAAGCCUCAAACCCUUAAACAAAGAAUGGCUGAAGAAACAACACCCAGAAAUGAAGAAACAAGUGAAGAAAGUCAGGAAGAUGAAAAUCAAGAUAUUUGGGAACAGCAGCAAAUGAGGAAAGCAGUUAAAAUCACAGAGGGACCAGGCCUGGAUCUUUCCUACAGCAGUGAACUUCAAACAGUAAAGAAGUUUGAUACUUCGAUUUCAUUACCACCAGUAAAUUUAGAAAUUAUAAAGAAGCAAUUAAAUACUAGAUUAACAUUGCUACAGGAUACUCACCGCUCACACCUGAGGGAAUAUGAAAAAUAUAUACAAGAUGUCAAGAGUUCAAAGAGUACCAUCCAGAACCUAGAGAAUUCAUCAAAUCAAGCUCUAAAUUUUAAAUUCUAUAAAAGCAUGAAAAUUUAUGUGGAAAAUUUAAUUGACUGUCUUAAUGAAAAGAUUAUCAGCAUCCAAGAAAUAGAAUCAUCCAUGCAUGCACUCCUUUUAAAACAAGCCAUGACCUUUGUGAAACGCAGGCAAGAUGAAUUAAAACAUGAAUCAACGUAUUUACAGCAGUUAUCACGCAGAGCUGAGACAUCAACAAAUGAAAGCUUGGCUGUAGAUGAAAAAACUCAAUGGAUUUUAGAAGAGAUUGAAUCUCGAAGGUCACGAAGAAGACAAGCUAGGGCACUUUCUGGGAAUUGUGAUCAUCAGGAAGGGACAUCUAGUGAUGAUGAACUGUCUUCAGCAGACAUGAAUGACUUCCAAAAAACCCAAGGUGACAUUUCACAGGAUCAUAAGAAGAUUUUUGAAGAUGUACAUGAUGAUUUUUGUAAUAUCCAGCAUAUUUUGCUGAAAUUUCAACAAUGGCGAGAAAAGUAUCCUGAUUCUUAUUAUGAAGCUUUCAUUAGUUUGUGGAUACCGAAGCUUUUAAAUCCCCUAAUCCGAGUUCAGUUGAUUGAUUGGAAUCCUCUUAAGUUUGAUGCCAUAGGUUUAAAACAGAUGCCGUGGUUCACAUCUAUAGAAGAAUUUAUGGCUAGCAGUAUGGAAGAUUCAAAGAAGGAAGAUAGUUCUGAUAAAAUCUUGUCUACUGUCAUCAACAAAACACUUAUUCCUCGACUUACAGACUUUGUAGAAUUCAUUUGGGAUCCCUUGUCGACCUCACAGACUACAAGUUUAAUAACACACUGCAGAGUGAUUCUUGAAGAACUUUCCACUUGUGCAAAUGAAGUUAGUAAAGGCAAACAGGAUUUACUUAAAUCCGUUGUUGUGAGAAUGAAGAAAGCAAUAGAAGAUGAUGUUUUUAUUCCUCUGUAUCCAAAGAGGACUGUAGAAAACAAAACAUCACCACAUUCCAAGUUCCAAGAAAGGCAGUUCUGGUCAGGUGUAAAGCUCUUCCACAAUAUUCUUCUUUGGAAUGGACUCCUCCCAGAUGACACCUUGCAAGAACUAGGACUAGGGAAGCUGCUAAAUCGUUACCUUAUUAUAGCUCUUCUUAAUGCCAUACCUGGGCCAGAUGUUGUUAAAAAGUGCGACCAGAUAGCAGCAUAUUUACCAGAAAAAUGGUUCCAAAACUCUGCCAUGAGAACGUCUAUUCCCCAGCUAGAAAACUUCAUCCAGUUUUUGUUGCAGUGUGCACAUAAAUUAUCUAGAAGUGAAUUCAGGGAUGAAGUCAAAGAAAUAAUUCCUAUUCUGGUGAAAAUAAAAGCUUUGAAUCAAGCAGAAUCCUUCAUAGAAGAGUAUCAACUAGACCAUCUGAAAUCAGUAAUUAAAGAAGUUUGAACAAACUAUAGGAAAGUACUAACAUGAGAUUUUAAUAUAGUGACACUUGCCUCCAUUGCUUGGGGGCCGGGUGGAGCAGGACUCCAUCCCUCCAUUCUCUUCUUACCUUCUGGUAUCAUGAAGGCUGCCCCCCCUGUGGUGGUUGCAGCAGUUAAGCACACGGGAGCACUAAGAGUUUAAUUUAUUCCCUUUGAUUCUUUUCACGUUUCCAGUUGAAGAGAGAAAUUGGAGAAAUCUUGCUGUUUGGGCUUUGGUAAAUCUUCUGAACUGCACCAUAAAAAUAUCUGUUCUUUUCAUUUUAACUAUCUGUUUACAAAUAAGUUAAAGUGGAAAUCUUAAUUGGAAUGAAUUAUUUGCUAAGUAUUAACUGAGUAAAAGCAUUUUAAGACUUUUGAUAACUACUGAUUGUCAAAUUGUCCUUCAGAAAUCUGUACCAGGGACACCUGGGUGGCUCAGUCAGUUAAGCAUCUUCCUUCGGCUCAGGUCAUGAUCCCAGGGUCCUGGGAU